UUAUUCUCCAUGUGCUCCAUGUGCAUUUGUAUUGUAAACAAAAAUGGCGUCAAUGGUAGAGUCUAUGGUCGUCGACGACAAACAGUUACCCGAAAAACCAGUUGAUAGAGAAAAGACAUGUCCAUUAUUAUUAAGAGUAUUUUGCAACACUGGACGUCAUCACAACAUAAUGGACUACAGCCGUGGGAAUGUACCAUCAAAUGAAUUACAAAUCUACACGUGGAUGGAUGCGACCUUGCGCGAAAUCACCGGAUUAGUAAAAGAAGUAAACCCGGAUGCCCGCAGCAAAGGAACUUACUUUGAUUUUUCAUUAGUAACUCCGGAACCGCGUAAUUCUUGUUACCGUAUGCGAGAAAUUGGUGUGACAUGUUCCGGACAGAAGGGAGCCGACGACAAUAAAACACUUGCCCAAGUAAGAUUCACCAUCGGCGACUACCUGGACAUCUCGAUAACUCCACCGAAUCGCAUGAUGCAACCAACAGCUAGACGUGGUGGCCUCCGUCAAUAUUGAUCACCUCAACGAUAAUUCAAGUCCAUUUAAGUUUAAAUUUAUUUAAUUAUUAUUAUUAAUGAAAUUUAAGGCUCUGUCAAUAAUAAUUUUCAUGGAUGCUUCAUAA